AUGACAGAUAUAGCGUCGAAGGGCCGCGUGGACAACAAAUGCAAGGUUGAUAACUGUGAAAAAGCAGUUCCUAAAUGUAACUAUAAUGUGAUCAACGCUCGAGUGUGUGGCUGCAGUGGAGCAUCUAUACACUCAGCAUUCAAAAUCGAAGAAAGCACAGAUUCGACAUGUGCUAGCAGCAAAAGUCUGGAUGGUAACCCGUGCAGUGCGGCCUGUGGAAAAAGUAAAUCUGAAACAACAUCAUCAGGAAGCAGCUGCAAAACUCGAAGCUUGAAGUGCAUUAGUUUAACUGAAGAUGAAUCGGACGGUUGCUCAGCCUCCAGCGAAGUUACAGUUUGUGCAGCGCGCCAUUGCUUUUCAAAGCCAACCUCAGAGGGGAAUAAAUAUUGCUCAACAAACUGUGGAAUUAAGUCGUGUUCAAGCUCGACGAGGAGUAAGAAAAGCCCUGGCAGCUCAUCCUAUGCUCCAUCGAAAAGCAAAUGCAGUUACUCAUCAGGAGGUAAUACCAGAAAGUUUUCUUCCAGCGGCAAAACGUGCACUUCUGAUUCGAAAAGCAAGUCAAAUGAAUCGUCGAGCAAUACGCGAUGCAAAACUUCUGGGAGCAAAUUUGCAACAUCUGAGAACAAAUGCAGCUCCUCGCGGUCAGGGGGUGAAAGUACCGUAACAGUUUGCUCGGAUACUGAUAAUCUGGGAACAAAAUCAAGUACGGGUGCCUCUUCUAAUUGUAAAUCAAGUACGACUGAAACCCUCUCCUCAAGAUCUCAAUCCACUACAGACUCCCGAGGCAAAUCAAAGAAACUGAAUUCAGCAUCCAGCAGCGCAGGAAUCAGAAAUCGAUCGGAGAGGACCACGAACCGAAGCUCUCAGUUGAUUGACGACGAGUCUUCCGAAGCAGACGACACGAAGAGUUCGGCAAAAUGCAGCUCAAGCUCAUCCAAGACCCAAAAAUCUUCAAGCUCUAGCAGAAAAGGGGUCAGCAGUGACUCGUCAGAUAAACCGACUCGAUCGACGACGGAAAGUGGUUCGUCUCGAAGAACUUCCUCGAAAUUGAGUUCAGUUUCUGGGACCGCUUCUACCUCAGACAAUUCAUCGAGUAAGAGCAAGACUGGCGACACAGAUUCCACCGCUUCUUCCGGCAGUCAGACUACGAGCCCGAGUUCGGCCUCGAAGAGUUCCAGCACGACCAUGUCGACUUCGCAAACACGCAGUACAGGUUUUAGUUCAAAAAGCGCAACUCAAGGCUCAACAGACUACUGUUCGUUUUGUAAAACUGCAAGCACUUAUACUGAGAGUGACUCGGAGGAAUCUUCCUGCAAAGCUAACGCAUCGAGCACAACCUCGUCGAAAGAGUUGGAUUGUUGGUGCCGGAAGUCCAACUUCUUCACAAUGAACGGCGGAAAGUAAUGAUGUGGAGGUCCUGAUUACAGAUAUGGAGAUACGGAGCAUUUUAAAUUUUGAGUGUAAAUGAUUGAUUUUAA